UGGACUCAGUGCUUGAACUUGUAGAGCAGAAAAGGGUAGCAUAAAAUGCCAGCUUCAAGUUCAUUUCUGAGGCAGAUGAGUGUUAGGGAGGCUUGGAAAUCAACUUCAAGCAGGUGGGGAGGUGGGAAAAGCAAUCCUUGUGGUGGAAACAGUGGUGGUGCAACUCCACACUCUGAGGGAAGCUUCAAGAAACAAAUGGAAGGAUUUAGCAGCAUGUAUGGUGGUGGUGGUUAUGGUUAUGGUGAGAGUGUAACAGUGAGGAAGAGAGUAAUGGUGGUGGUGGAUGACUCUUCUCAUUCCAAACAUGCAAUGAUGUGGGCUCUCACUCAUGUUGCCAACAAGGGUGAUUUGCUCACUCUUCUUCACAUCAUGCCUUCUAGUUCUCACAGAGACUCUUCUGCUGGUUCUCCAUACCUUGCAAACACUCUUGGCUCUCUUUGCAAGGCUUGCAAGCCUGAGGUUGAAGUGGAAGCACUUGUGAUCCAAGGACCUAGGCUAGCCACAGUGAUGAGCCAGGUGAAGAAGCUAGAGGUCUCAGUCCUAGUUCUGGGUCAGAAGAAAGCCUCUCCCCUCAUGAGCUGCUUAUAUGGAACAAGCAUAACUGAGGAGUUUGUGGAACAUUGCAUCAACAAUGCAGAGUGCUUGACAAUUGGAGUGAGGAAGCAAAGCAAAGGUGUGGGUGGCUAUCUCAUCAACACUAGAUGGCAGAAGGAUUUCUGGCUCUUGGCUUAGUUUGGUUCCCCCCAACAAGGAUCUGGAUCUCCUCACAUGAGUCAUAUCUAAUAAGUAAUUAAGUAUACAGUGAUUAGCUUGUAAUCUUUAGUCUAACUACUAACUAGAACUAGAAUCACUAGGGGAUCCUUCCUUUGUAUUAAUGAAAUGACCAGAAA